GAUGGGUGACCGCCAGGGGCCGCUGCCUCCGGUCCCCGGUGCCCCCGCCCCUCUCCAUUGGCCUUUGUUGCCGUCGGAGCGCCCCGUUUGACUCGUUCCCGUCCGCCCCCUGGGCCUGGCGGUCGCGCCUGCGCACUGGCAGCUGGCCGGGCGCUCGCAGGGGGAGCUGCUGCAGGCUCCGCGGCGGCGGCGGCAACGGAGGCUGCGGGGGCGGCGGCGCGAGCGGCCGGGCUUGGGGGGGCAGCCGAGCCCGGCCCGGGAGCCCAGGCAGCAAACGUGCGGGGUACCUAGGCCCCUCACGCUGGACUCCACAGUCUCCGGGCCGCCUGAUCUCCGCACGGGUAUAUGGGAUGGAAGCGGGACCCUCGGGAGCAGCUGCAGGUGCCUACCUGCCCCCCCUGCAGCAGGUGUUCCAGGCACCUCGCCGGCCUGGCAUUGGCACUGUGGGGAAGCCAAUCAAGCUCCUGGCCAAUUACUUUGAAGUGGACAUCCCUAAGAUUGACGUCUAUCACUACGAAGUGGAUAUCAAGCCAGAUAAGUGUCCUCGCAGAGUCAACCGGGAAGUGGUGGAAUACAUGGUCCAGCAUUUCAAGCCUCAGAUAUUUGGUGACCGCAAGCCCGUGUAUGAUGGAAAGAAGAACAUUUACACUGUCACAGCACUGCCCAUUGGCAAUGAACGGGUUGACUUUGAGGUGACAAUCCCUGGGGAAGGGAAGGAUCGAAUCUUCAAGGUCUCCAUCAAGUGGCUGGCCAUUGUGAGCUGGCGCAUGCUGCAUGAAGCCUUGGUCAGUGGCCAGAUCCCUGUUCCCCUGGAGUCUGUGCAAGCCCUGGAUGUAGCCAUGAGGCACCUGGCAUCCAUGAGGUACACCCCUGUGGGCCGCUCCUUCUUCUCACCGCCUGAGGGCUACUACCACCCGCUGGGGGGUGGGCGCGAGGUCUGGUUCGGCUUUCACCAGUCUGUGCGCCCUGCCAUGUGGAAGAUGAUGCUCAACAUUGAUGUCUCAGCCACUGCCUUCUACAAGGCACAGCCAGUGAUUGAGUUCAUGUGUGAGGUGCUCGACAUCAGGAACAUAGAUGAGCAGCCCAAAGCCCUCACGGACUCUCAGCGUGUGCGCUUCACCAAGGAGAUCAAGGGCCUGAAGGUGGAAGUGACCCACUGUGGACAAAUGAAGAGGAAAUACCGCGUGUGUAAUGUUACCCGCCGUCCUGCCAGCCAUCAGACGUUUCCUCUGCAGCUAGAGAGUGGACAGACUGUGGAGUGCACAGUGGCCCAGUAUUUCAAGCAGAAAUAUAACCUGCAGCUCAAGUAUCCCCACCUGCCUUGCCUGCAAGUUGGCCAGGAACAAAAGCAUACCUACCUGCCCCUAGAGGUCUGUAACAUUGUGGCUGGGCAGCGCUGCAUUAAGAAGCUGACUGACAACCAGACUUCAACCAUGAUAAAGGCUACAGCUAGAUCGGCCCCAGACAGACAAGAGGAGAUUAGCCGCCUGAUGAAGAAUGCCAGCUACAACCUAGAUCCGUACAUCCAGGAGUUUGGGAUCAAGGUGAAGGAUGACAUGACGGAGGUGACGGGACGAGUGCUGCCGGCGCCCAUCUUGCAGUAUGGCGGCCGGGUGAGCAGGAACCGGGCCAUUGCCACACCCAAUCAGGGUGUCUGGGACAUGCGGGGGAAACAGUUCUACAACGGCAUUGAGAUCAAAGUCUGGGCCAUCGCCUGCUUCGCACCCCAAAAACAGUGUCGAGAAGAAGUGCUCAAGAACUUCACGGACCAGCUGCGGAAGAUUUCCAAGGACGCAGGGAUGCCCAUCCAGGGCCAGCCUUGCUUCUGCAAAUACGCGCAGGGGGCAGACAGUGUGGAGCCCAUGUUCCGGCAUCUCAAGAACACCUACUCAGGGCUGCAGCUCAUUAUCGUCAUCCUGCCCGGGAAGACGCCAGUGUAUGCUGAAGUGAAACGUGUUGGAGAUACUCUGUUGGGAAUGGCUACACAGUGUGUGCAAGUGAAGAACGUGGUCAAGACCUCGCCUCAGACUCUGUCUAACCUUUGCCUGAAGAUCAAUGUCAAACUUGGUGGCAUUAACAACAUCCUAGUCCCACACCAGCGCUCUGCAGUCUUUCAACAACCAGUGAUAUUCCUGGGAGCAGAUGUUACACACCCACCAGCAGGGGAUGGGAAAAAACCUUCCAUCACAGCAGUGGUAGGCAGCAUGGAUGCCCACCCCAGCCGUUACUGUGCUACUGUGCGGGUGCAGAGACCACGGCAGGAGAUCAUUGAAGACUUAUCCUACAUGGUACGUGAGCUGCUCAUCCAGUUCUACAAGUCCACACGCUUCAAGCCUACCCGCAUCAUCUUCUACCGAGAUGGGGUUCCUGAAGGCCAGCUUCCCCAGAUCCUCCACUAUGAGCUGCUGGCCAUUCGUGAUGCCUGCAUCAAACUGGAAAAGGACUACCAGCCCGGAAUCACUUAUAUUGUGGUGCAGAAACGCCAUCACACCCGCCUUUUUUGUGCUGACAAGAAUGAGCGAAUUGGGAAGAGUGGUAACAUCCCAGCUGGGACCACUGUGGACACCAACAUCACCCACCCAUUUGAGUUUGACUUCUAUCUGUGCAGCCACGCAGGCAUCCAGGGCACCAGCCGACCAUCCCAUUACUAUGUCCUUUGGGAUGACAACCGUUUCACAGCGGAUGAGCUCCAGAUCUUGACGUACCAGCUGUGCCACACUUAUGUACGAUGCACACGCUCCGUCUCAAUUCCAGCACCUGCCUACUAUGCCCGCUUGGUGGCUUUCCGGGCACGAUACCACCUAGUGGACAAAGAGCAUGACAGUGGAGAGGGGAGCCACAUAUCGGGGCAGAGCAAUGGGCGGGACCCCCAGGCCCUGGCCAAAGCCGUGCAGGUUCACCAGGAUACUCUGCGCACCAUGUACUUCGCUUGAAGGCAGAACGCUGUUACCUCACUGGAUAGAAGAAAGCUUUCCAAGCCCCAAGAGCUGUGCCGCCCAAAUCCAGAGGAAGCAGGGAGGAGGGAGGUGGGGUAGGGAGGAAUGCAGAAGGCCCUGUUUCCUUCCGCAGAGGGGGCAAAAGGGUGGGGAACAGGGCCAGUAAGCCAGACCACCAGCCAGAAAUCUCUGAUAUUCACCUCAUGCCCUCAACCCCUCACCCCAUCUUGUCCCAUCUGGCCCUGAACCCACUGGACCAAGAGAGGCAGCAGCGGUGCCCACCAUACACACAGUGUCCCAUGUGACUCACAGUGCUAAAGACUCAUGCCUGACAGCUUGGUAAGGUCGGCUCUGCAGCCCUGUGGACAAAAGCUGGUAGGUUUGGGUUUGAUACUUUAGAUGGAAGAGUGAGGGGCUUGAGAAAGUGGGUGGGAGGAGGGAAGGAUUUUUUAGGAGCCUUAAUCAGAAAAGGUCUAGAUUUGUUUAAGAAGAAAAACGAAAUCAGAUGCAGAUCAAUAUUUUAGGAUACUAGAUGUUUUAAUGGGUUGAGAAUCCAGCCUGUAGGAAGAUUUUUAAUGCUAAUGAUUUUGGUUGCCCCUCCCCCAGCUGCCACUCCCCUUUCCCUUAUUCCUCUUUCUCCACUUUUUCUACCCCACCUUACACCUGACAGACAUCCAGCCCCUAGUAAGACUUAAGGCACUAUGGCACUUAGCUCUGAAGUGACACGACCCUGUCUUCCUUCCGCCUGCUGGUGGGUAACCAGUGCCUUCCCUGUAAUGGUAAUGCUGCAGAACUGCAACCUUUUGUACCUUUUGGGGGGUGGGGGCGGGGUGGGGGUGGGAGAGGAGGUAGGUUGGGAUGAAAUACCCUGUACCCAACACGCCUCCAGCCAGAGCGCCAGCUAUUUUGCAUUUGAAGGAAUUGACUUCCAUAUUCAUUGAGCUUUUAAAAAGAUCACGACCUCAAGAUGGUUAAAAUCCAUUGACAUUUGCACUUUCAGACGUGACAAGUCUAGGAGCUGCUGAGAUGACUGGCCCCUGGCCACUUAUGUCUCCUUUCUUCUUGUCCCCGCUUUCUCCCCACCUGCCUGGGUCUGGAGUUAACUUUCAUAGCAUUUCUCACUCUUGGCUUCUUUUCCCUGAUGGUCAAGCCUCUUUAUGUUUCAAUAUUUUUUAACUGGGGUGACUUACAACAGAUGAUCUUUAGGUCUAAAAUAAGGGGGGAAAAAAAGCAAAAACUAAAUGUUAUUUUUAUACCAUAACCUGAGUCUGUUGCCAAAAUCUGGAAAUAAAUCCCUCCCAUGCCCAGUGAGUUUACAUCCCAGAAACAUUGAGCCAUCAAAGGAACUAUGUACCUGACUUGUUCUUUGGCCUGCUUUGGCUUGGCUCUGUAGGGUGUGGUUAUCUCCACAUGUGGGGCUCAGGCUCCACCUUUUGUGCACAUAAUACCUUUCUCUUGCUGCAGGCACCUCUGCUGCACUGCCCUGCACUCUUCCUGCAAGCGCGUCUCCUUCUCUGGACUAUCUUCUGAUGCUUGGCUUAUCCCAGAUUUCAGCGUGUCCUGUGGAUAGGCUGGGGGAUUUUGCUGCUCCCUAUUGCUUCUGUUUACACAAAUGACUUUUUCCUGAUUUCCCACUAGGGCAUGUGAGUGGAUGGCAUGGGCUUUUUUUUUCUCUUUUUUUCCUGUCUUCCUGGGUAGAGAUGGGGUUUGGCUGUCUUGCAGAACUGGAAAAGUAGGGGGUUCUAGCUUGGGGCCUGUUGGCCUUGAAGCAAGGCUUCCUCUUUCCUCGACUGUUCCUUUUUUCCUGUCCCACUGCUUGGGAUGAGGAGUUGCAGCUUCAGUGUGGAAAUUCCUCUUUUUGAGGAGCCUGGGCUUGGGUUUACCCCAAUCUGGUGAUGAAGCCAUGACUCUUUAGACCUAGCUCAGGCUCAAGGCCAGCCAGCAGAAGGUUGGUCUGAAUAUGGGCCUAUGCAGUAGAGCUACCAUUUCCCCUCCCCAGCAGCGCUUGUACAGACCCAGAUUUGCUAUGCAAAACAGUCUAUCCCAGGUUCUGUUCUGGUUGGCUACUUUGUUCAGCAACUUCACAAAACGUAGCACAAACAUUGAUUAUAGAGAAGGCAUCAGGACUGUUGAGUAACUCUUCCUAUACUUCUUUCCUACUGGCAACAGUAUGGGGUGCCCUGUGGGCACAGCCCAGCUGAAAACUGAAUGGAGGGCUCUGGGAGGAGGCAGCUCACUGGAGAGCCUACAUUCCUUACACAAGUGCCUAAGAGAGUGAUGCCAACACUCCCAUCUGCCCUGUCCAUCGCCUUCAUAUAUUGUCUACUUCGUGUUUAGUCACCCUUCAGGGAGGGGAGCUUUCUUGGGACAGUGGGCUCUGAGGGUUCUCUUCUCGGGUGCGUUUUGGGGCUGGGAUCAGGGCAGUAUUCCUGGAAGGUCCAGUCAUUCACCAGCAUUUGCAAAUGUCCAUUGAGAGCUGGUGGUAGCCACCUACUCUCAGCAACAAGUUUGUGUUCUCUCCUUUUUCUCUCUUUGCCUCACUCUCUCCAGUUGGGUCUUGAGCUGAGGCUUGGCAUUUUUUAGCCCUUAGGCAUUUACAUGCCAUUUAAUAAAUAAAAGAAACAGCUUGGGCAAUGGCAAGAACAUGACAUCUUGCUGUGAUUUUCUUUCUUUCUUUCUUUCUUUUUAUCUUUGAGACUUGAAAAACACCCUUAACCUUGAGGAUUCUUCUUCUUCGAAAGGUAGUGCAUGCAGAUUGAGAAGUGUUGGCAACAAGCUUGGCUUUCUUUGAUUUGGUUAAAGUGGUGCUUUGUCCUUAGGCUCAGAGGAAGUGGCUGGGGAGACCCUAGCCUCAUCCUCUUAGACAAGUCUCCUGGUCCCUUUGUUCUAUUCUUUUGCCUUCCUUUUCCUCCUCUCUCUUUCCCUGGCCUUGUUCUAUUUUUUUCUGUUCAUUCAGCUUGCUUGCUGGCCUGCCUGCCUAUCUGCCUAUGUGAUGAUGAAUUCUCUGCAUGGCUACAAUGAUCCCACUGUUAGCUGGCAAGGUCAGGCUUAGCUCCUUGGCUGCAGAAGACCAAGAAUCUGCUUCCCAAGCCUAGUGAUGUCCUUCCUGGGUUGGACCACCCUUAAACUUAUGUGAAGGUGUAGCAGAAGGCCUGCCCAUCUGGCAUGAAAUCAGGAAGGCUUCUGGCAACUUCCACAUCUGUCCACUCUUUGGAGUUGGUUUCUCUUGUUGCUUUUUCUAGAUCUGGUUUCAUUUCUCUCUACCUGGGGCUUCCCUUUUCUGAGGGUGUCCUAGCAUUGACCUUUUUGGCUAUCCAGGGUUGAAGGGUUAGGGGAUAGACGUGGGGGAAGGAGGGAUGGGAAGAGAAUGGAGAGAAUUUGGCUGAAACAUGGGAAAGGAGAGCCCUGCUCACUGAUCACUUUUCUAGUCCAGCCUGACUCAUUGGGGCCGAGGUGCUACUGCUGGCCUCUGGGGAUAAGCAUGAGGCUGUUGUUGCUAGGAACUUAGGAUUAAAUUAAUGUUGAAAAAGAAGGUAACUAAAAGUGUGAAACCUCCCUGAAAAGCUCCUGGUUCCCAUCUACUCAGUAGCUCCUUUAUAGCCUCCUCUUUGGCUAAGCAAUGAUGUUUUUGGAUAGUUUUCUUUUUCUGUCCAGAAUUCUGUAAAUGAUGCCAGCACAAUGGGCAGCCAAGGGGACGCAAUGAUUUCUCACCUGACCCAUAGGAUAUCUGCAAGGCUAGUGGGACAAUGUUUUAGACUUGGCAUUAUGUGUAACAAAGAAAGGUGAAUGAUCCUUCCCCUUCAGGGUAGAAAGUCAUCUCAAACUGACUAAGAUGCAGUUUUGGAAACUACAUCAGGGGGAAGUUAUUUUUAUUUAUAUUUGCUGGGCCACGGCCAAUCCUGGAUGGUAGCUGGGAUGCCUUCCUUCUUAAAAGUCUGAUCAUGGCAGGGUUAUGCAGGGCACUCUUUCCUCUUUGGCCUUCUAAGCUGAUCAGGGAGAAGGGAUUCUCUGGUUUUCUCUUCUCUCCCAUUUAUUAGGACUUGCCUUCUCCCUGGGCAGGGAGAGAGGCUAGGUUGGUGCUCUCCCCUUACUCUACUCCUACUGACUUAGAACCUCUGGCUGCUGUUUGGGAGCCCAAGAAAGGUGGUGGAGGCAGUGGGCUCAAAACAACAACAACAACAAAACAGAAAAAGUUGAGGAAAGGCAGAUUUCCUUCUUUAAAAGGAAAAUAGGAAACCCUCCAAGGAUUGUGCAAAUAAAGACAAUGUGUCAAAUGCACUGACUCCCCUGGUGUAGUAGCAAUAAGGAAAAAUGAAAUGACUUUCCUGUGCACACAGUCCAACCUGAUUGGUGUGUGAUGUUGCACUUAGCAGCCAUCUGGUGGGCAUGUGUGACUACUCUGGGUUUCACUUUAAUUUCUAAACUUUUUAUCCUCUCAAGUCCAGCAUGGAUGGGGAAAUGUCCCUGGAGCCCCACAGCUGUGUACUUGUUUGCAUUUGUUUCCCUAUGAGACUUGUGUUUGUGUCCUGCUUUGAGCUGUACCUUGUCCAGUCCAUUGUAAAAUUAUCCCAGCAGCUGUAAUGUACAGUUUCUUCUGAAGCAAGCAACAGCAGCAGCACAAUUCUGUGUUUUAUAAAGACAACAGUGGCUUCUAUUUCUAAAGUGCGGUCUCUCUCUCUUUUUUCUUAGCAAAGCAAACUGUUGGGAUUAAUUAUAUCUCUGAUAGAUUUUACAUUAGAAUAAUAGAUUGUGAGAAGAGCAGAAUCAUCACUUUCUAAAGGAGUAAAGUGGGUAAAACAAAUUCCAGAGUGUUGAAACUGCCAAUUAUAUGUAAUCAUUUCACAGGGUUUCCAUUUAUUCUUCAUUCAGCAAACUUGUAAAGCACUGUGUCUAGCAGUUUUUGUUGGCACAAUUCAAAAAUGAGGAAAACAGUGUUUCUCUCCUUAAGGAGCCUAAAAAGUUUGGUUGGGGAUGUGAGUAGCCCAAUGGUUCUUUGGCACCAUUUAGAGAGAUUAUGAGGACUGGGAAAAAGGCUAUAAGGCUGCAGCAAUGAAGAUCGAAAGGAAAGAGCAAAUAGGAGAGACACUCAGGAAGUAAAAUUAAUAGGACUCUGGAUGAUGGAAUGGGAAGAACGAAGUAGAGGCUAACAUCCACUUUGCUUGAGCAAGUGAGUAUGUUGGGACGUUCCUCUAAGCCAAGAUUGCGGGAAGGGAGACUGUAGAAGGAAGGUGGUGAAUUUUGUGAAGAAAGACCAUUAGGCUUUUAUAGACUGAGUUUUGAGGUUCCCAGGUUUCCAGUAAACAUUUAUAUUUUGGUCCUCAGGGAAGACUCCAAAACUACAGUUACAGAUAUGAGAUUCAUAAUCAUAGAGAUGCUAGUUAAAGCCAUAGUAAUGAACAGGAUGGCUUAGGAAAGAGUAGGGCAAGAGAAACCUAGUGUACAACUCUAGGAAACAAGAGAUCAGGAAAUAGAACCUAAGAUGACUGUCGCAUCACUCCUAGAGAGCGUGUAUGGUUUUGACUGAUUUAAUGAGGUGGGAGGAUAGUGAGGAGAGUGGAAUAGGAUUCAACAACGACAUGAUUAACAGCAGGAAAACUGCUGCGGUGAGGCGGGGGGUGUUAUUUUCUAUUUACUUUACCAUCCUUCACUCCAUCUUCUCUGGCAUCUUGUAACUAUAUGGUCAUUCUCCAGUUUUUCUUGAAAAUGAGCAUUGGAAAACCUAACUUAAACCAGGCUAAGACGGAGACUUCCAAGUCAUUCACAGCCACCACCACCACUACCUCCACCUCCAGCUUCCUCCUAUCCUCAGGAGAUACUUGUGAAACAAUAAAAUAAACAAACCUAA